GACUCUGUUUUCUGGUUUUCUGAUCGAAACGCAUAUUCUCCGGCGAGUUACGGAGGGAAGCUUCUGAGAUUCCCUGUAUUCCGGUCCAUAUUUUGCGAGAACGUCGGGAAGGGCGAAAAUUCUACUGGGGUGUUUCUGGUUGUGAUAUUUUGUCAAUAAAACUGGUGUUUGUAUAGCAAAUCGGAAAAUUUUGGAAUUGGAGGAGAGCAGGGCGGAUGAUUUGCUGGUUUUCUAGACGGUGCUUCUGCACUGCCGCACAACGGCCGUGGCUCUUUGUGGGUUUGGGCAACCCAGGCGAAAAGUACAAAGGGACAAGACACAAUGUAGAAUCCAUCACCAGGUGGGGUUCGACAUGAUUGAUGCAUUUGCUGAGGCACAGGGGAUUGAGAUGAACACUGUUCAUUGCAAGGCUCUUUUUGGACAAGGUUUCGUUGAUGAUGCACCUGUCCUCCUUGCAAAGCCUCAAACAUACAUGAAUUUGAGUGGUGAAUCUGCUGGACCACUUGCCGCCUAUUAUAAGCUGCCUCUUAAUCGUGUGAUAGUGUUUCAUGAUGACAUGACAUUACCAUGCGGAGUGCUUCGUCUUCAAGACAAAGGAGGUCAUGGAAGUCACAAUGGGUAUGAAUGGAUAAAAAUUAUCAUCUUAAUGCUAGAGAAAAUAUUACAUGUAAAGUUACAUUUGAAUUAUCCUUCAAAUAAGUAGGAAUUGACCAAAUGAGUGAAAAAAAGUAGAAGAAAGGUAGAAAAGAAAGAAAUUUAUUGUUGCUACAUAUCCAUUCUGUCAUUCUUUGCAAUAUGUGAGCUGAUCAUCAAUAAGAAAAACUUGCUAUUUCAGUUCGAACCUUUGCUCUCUUAUUAUGUAACUGCUUUGUGGAUGUUACAUACUUCUUAUUAGUUAUUCAGGCUGAAGAGUGUGAUCUAUCAUUUUCGAGGCAACAGAGAAUUUGCUCGGCUAAGAAUUGGUAUUGGAAGGCCACCAGGUCAAAUGGAUCCUAAAGCGUUCUUGCUGCAGAAGUUCAAUGCAACAUCUCGAGAGCGGAUUGAUACUGCCUUACAAGAAGGAGUUGAUGCGCUGAAGCUUCUUUUAUCUAAAGGCUUGACAGAGACUGCAAGAAGUUUCAACCCCCAACAGAAGUACAAACACAUAAGAUUGCAAACGAUGCCACCUUGACUCAUGAAGGAGGAUUUACACAAGCAAAUUUGGAUUUUCCCAACAUGCAGAGUGCUAUGGUGCUGCACAUGUUAAACAUUUUACUUUGUUUUCCGGUUUUGGGGGCAAACAACCACGGUUCACGAGGGAGCAAAAGAAAAAUAGAAAGUUAAAGACAUUUAACCCCUACGUUCCUAUGUAAAAUGAUUUUUACAAUAAGAAUUUGAGAUUUUAGGUUAAGAUAUUUCAAUUUCAAAGACUGAUAUGUCCAGAGGGUUUGGAACUAGAGCGUGUUGUAAAACUUUCUCCAUCUUUUUUGAGAGGACAUUAUUAAACAAUCUUCAGAGGA